AUGCGUUAUAAUCUGCAGCAGCAGCAGCAGCACCAGCAGCAGCAGCAGCUGCAGCCGACAGCAGAGAACUGCGGGGCCAUGCGGCACAGCAGCAGCAGCGGCAGCAGCAGCAGCAAGGUCGCAGCAAAAAGCCUCGUUGCGCAUUCAAAAGAAAAGGAGAAGAAAGUAUCUGCUUUUCCAAACAAAACUCACAAAGGCAACAAGCGGCAGCAGACGCUGCAGCAGCAGAAGCUGCAGCAGCAGACGCUGCAGCAGCAGAAGCUGCAGCAGCAGACGCUGCAGCAGCAGAAGCUGCAGCAGCAGACGCUGCAGCAGCAGACGCUGCAGCAGCAGAAGCUGCAGCAGCAGACGCUGCAGCAGCAGACGCUGCAGCAGCAGACGCUGCAGCAGCAGACGCUGCAGCAGCAGAAGCUGCAGCAGCAGACGCUGCAGCAGCAGAAGCUGCAGCAGCAGAAGCUGCAGCAGCAGACGCUGCAGCAGCAGACGCUGCAGCAGCAGACGCUGCAGCAGCAGACGCUGCAGCAGCAGACGCUGCAGCAGCAGACGCUGCAGCAGCAGACGCUGCAGCAGCAGACGCUGCAGCAGCAGACGCUGCAGCAGCAGACGCUGCAGCAGCAGACGCUGCAGCAGCAGACGCUGCAGCAGCAGACGCUGCUCCGCAGUCUUGCUGCUGCAGCUGCAAUUCGAGAUAAUGCGAAGCAGAAAGAAACUAAAAACUAA